GUCAUAAUCGGUAUUACACUCAAAACAGGUCGUAUUACAGUUUGCAAUGCUGCUUCUCGGAAUGCAUUGACCAUCCGAACAUUUGCAACCGCAGGCUAUACUUCCUCCAUCGACAAUAGCAAGAUUAAUUGUUAUAACAAGAAACAUCAUAAAUAUUAACCAAUAAUGAAAACGAACCAUUUUAGUAAUAUUCAAUAAUAUUCUUCUUGAAUUGAAAAUUUUAUGAUUAUUGUAGUAUUUAUGAGGAUAUAUAUAUAUAACAUAUCAUUCAGAAAAAUAAACGCAUGACUUGCAAAAAAUUGUGACCUCAAUUUAUAUUAUGCAUUCAUGAAGGUGAUAUACGUAACUAUAGAUGCGUCAUUUUUUCUCCUUGUCAUUUUUUGCUCUUAUUUGUCAUGUAACAUCCAUCUAUAUCAGGUGUGCUAAAAUAUUUGCCACAUUUUUUUAUUUCGCACAUAUCCCGGCUUAAAUAAAUGAUACAGGGUGUAGGGUGUGGAUGAGUGUGACUGUGGGUGUAGAGAAAAGAAUACCACCACAUCUACCCCCAACUAUUAUAGAAUAGUAUGAAUAUUGAACAACAUAAUAGUAAAAGUCCAUUUCAAAAUGGUAGAAAUAGAAUUUUUUAUUUUUGUUUAAAAAAGAAAAUUUUAUUAUUUAGAAACAACAAUGAAUAUUUGUGAAUAUGAUUCAUUUGUAACUAAUAAGAAUUAUUGUGUUUAUUUAUCAAAUUUUGAAGUACCAAAUAUAAUAUUUGCAGCAACAUUACUUAUCACAAAAAUGAACAAAAUAAACGUGAACAACUUUCGAAACUUCAAGCGAAUUCUUAUAAAUCAAAAUCCUGUUUUAUGCAUAAAAUGUGUUUUGGAUGGUGUACCAACCCAGAAAAAACCAUCUGAUGAGCAAGCAAAUGCUAUUCUUGAAAUACUGGUUUUUGAUGUAAAACUUGAAAUGACUGUAUUACAUAUUGAAAAUGGUCUUCCAUAUGUACAACCUAAUUUAGGUGAACGAAAUUUAAAUACUGAAAUACGUGCAAUAUUAUCACAAUCAUCAUCAUCAACUACAACAAUAGUAAUAAAAUCAAACUAA